GGCUCCUCCGGGCGCCCCUGGGCGGCCAGCCGCGCGCCCCGCUGCUGCUCGCCAUGCUGGGGCUGCUCUGCGGCGGCUACCUCGUCUUCGCGUGCCUGGCCGGCUCCUGCGAGCCGCUGCAGCUGCCCGGGGCCGGCCUGCAACGUCCUGCCCAGCCGCCGCCGCCGCCGCCCGAGCGCCGCCCGCUCCCGGGACUCGCCGCCGAUGCCGCUGACGACGCGGCGCUGGACCAGCCGGACGACGAGGAGGCGGCGGCCGCCUUCGCCGGCGGCGGCAGCAGCAGCAGCAGCAGCAGCAGCGCCCGCCCGCCGCCCUCCCGGCUGCCCGUAGCCAACGGCGCCGGCAGCAAAAAGUUCCCGCAAGCCAUCAUCGUCGGCGUGAAGAAGGGCGGCACGCGCGCGCUGCUCGAGUUCCUGCGCAUCCACCCGGACGUGCGAGCCGUGGGCGCCGAGCCCCACUUCUUCGACAGGUGCUACGAGAAGGGGCUGCUCUGGUACAGAAGUCUGAUGCCGAGGACUUUAGAAGGACAGAUCACCAUGGAGAAAACGCCGAGUUACUUUGUGACAAAGGAAGCUCCCAGGCGCAUUUACAAUAUGUCCAGGGACACCAAGUUGAUUGUGGUGGUCCGCAACCCGGUAACGCGGGCCAUUUCGGACUACACGCAGACACUCUCCAAGAAUCCCACCAUCCCCACCUUCCAGGCCUUGACCUUCAAGAACCUGAGCACGGGCCUCAUCGACACCACCUGGAGUGCCGUGAGGAUUGGGAUCUAUGCCAAACACCUGGACAACUGGCUGCGGUAUUUCCCCCUCUCCAAGUUUCUCUUUGUCAGCGGGGAGAGGCUCGUGAGUGACCCGGCUGGGGAGAUGGGCCGCGUCCAGGACUUCUUGGGUCUCAAGCGAGUGGUGACGGACAAGCACUUCUAUUUCAACGAAACCAAGGGCUUCCCUUGCUUGAAGAAGCCCGAAGGGAGCAGCCGGCCGCGAUGCCUGGGCAAGUCGAAAGGGAGGCCACACCCCAAAAUCGACCAGCAGGUCGUCCAACGCCUACAGGAGUUCUACAGACCCUUUAACAUGAAGUUCUAUCAAAUGACAGGGCAGGACUUUGGUUGGGACUGACCGAGAGACCUCUUUGGGGGAAGGUUGAACUUGCUAUGGGGUGACGUGGGGCGGAGGGGGGGGAACUAGCCCACUUAUUGGACCCACAAAGUGGAUCCUCCUCCCCAGUGGCUUGUUGAGUGGUACCGUGGCCACAGGGCUGGGGGGGUGGGAAAGCACCUGAGAUGAAUCUCCAAGGGAUGCUUCCCUCUCUUUCUAAUUUAUAUCACCUCUUGCCAGUAAGAGAGAAAUGUACACUUAUUGAGUAGCGAGAGAAAUAUUUAAGGUUUUUUUUGUUUUGUUUUGUUGUUGUUUUCCUUCUUAAAGUCAACGUCGGCAAAACAAGAGCAAACGAAUCCAUUGCUGGAAACGUAGAUCUGGUGAAAUGUUCUGCUGAAUAAACCUGGCUAAUAUAGAUUAA